GUCAGAGCAGCACUCGGGACUUCCCGUCCUCCAGAACCAGGUCCAAGUCCGCGUUAGCGUCGAGACUGGUGGAGCGCGCAAACGCUUCCUCGGGUUUUACGCACACGGGCGGAAAACGCACGCGCGCGCGCGUCCUCUUGGCGGAGCGGCAGGUGUGUGUGGAGCGCCCUCCUGAGCGCUCGUUGUUUCUCCGGGAGAAGCCGUGUUUCGCCAAGAUGUUUCCGCUGCGUCCGUGGCCGCGCGCCGCCGCGUCGCGUCCCACGCCGGGACCGCGGACGGUUCUGCCGCUGCUCUUCCUGCGCUCCACACACAGUUUGGAUUCUAACGGAGGGAAGUAGCGCGCGACCAGAACGCGAGUUUCUCUGCUUUUUACUCGAUACUAUAAUGAUGAUGGUGAUGAUGAAGAUGAUGAUGACGCUGACGCGUCGCAGCCGCGUCCCGUUACUGCUGCUCCCGGUCGCGCUGCUGCUGCUCGGCUGCGGGGCCGGGGCGAGUCGGGUCCGGAAGAAGGCCCCCGGCGGCCGGUCCUGUCUGGACCUGCCGGAGGAGCUGCUGGAGCAGAUGUUCGGGCGGCUCUCGGUGGGAGUGAAGAGCGCCUUCCAUCACGCUCUGCAGCUGGAGCCGCAGGACAAACUCAACCUGAGCUGCCCGAGCUCCGCACGGUCCGCGGCCGCCGGCGGGAGCCGCCUGCCGGUCAACCUGCUCAGCGUCUCCCCCUGGGCCUACAGGAUCUCCUACAACCCGUCCAGGUACCCCCGCUACGUCCCCGAGGCCUACUGCCUGUGUCAGGGCUGCCUGCUCGGCCCGUACGGGGAGGAGAGCGCCCAGUACCGCAGCACGCCCGUCUACUCCCCCUCCGUGAUCCUCAGGAGAACCGGCUCCUGCGUCGGUGGCCGUCACUCCUACACGGAGAGGUACGUGUCCAUCGCCGUGGGGUGCACGUGCGUGCCGCUGCUGCACAAGGAGAGAGACGGAGAGAAGAGCAACCAGAGCCUGAAGGCGGCGGAACCGAGAGACGGCAAACGGGUCGUCGCUGCAGGCAAGAAGACUCCAGGCACAUGAGGAGGUGGAGUUCGGCAGCGAGGCAACUCCACCGAACGGCGGCUGCUGAUCAGCGCUCCGUCGGGACAAGGUGCUCUGACCCAGUGUGUGUCUGUAGUGCAGUCUCCAUGG